CGGGCGCUGCGCGGGGCGGGGCGGAGGCCCGGGAGGUGGGCAGGACCCGGCCAGGCAAGGCCCCAGGGUGCACGCUGCUGCCUGGCGGGAUGGACAUCCCAGGGACCCAGCACUGAGCGAGCGAGCGCAAAGGCAGGCGAACCUGCGGUUCCUCCCAGGAGACCAACACCGUUCCAGCGGCCACGAUGAUCCCUCCAAGUGGCGCCCGCGAGGACAGCGGGGACGGACUGACCAGGGAGGCAAUGGGCACAGAGCAGCCGCCCUCUCCUGCGUCCACCAGCAGCCUGGAAUCCAAGCUCCAGAAACUAAAACGGUCACUUUCUUUCAAGACCAAGAGCUUGCGGAGCAAAAGUGCGGACAACUUCUUCCUGAGAACCAACAGUGACGUGAAACUGCAAGCAGACCUGCUGGCCAAGGUCAGCCUGGGCCCCAGCCCAGGCCCCAGCCCAGUGCCCGUCCCUGGGAGCCCUGCACCUGCGCCCACCAGGGCUGGCCUGCACCCCGGCAGCAACAACAAGGUCCACGCCUUUCAGGAACAUGUCUUUAAGAAGCCCACCUUCUGUGAUGUCUGCAACCACAUGAUCGUGGGAACACACGCUAAGCAUGGACUGCGCUGCGGAGCCUGCAAGAUGAGCAUCCAUCACAAGUGUGCAGACGGCCUGGCACCCCAGCGGUGCAUGGGCAAGCUGCCAAAGGGAUUUCGGCGUUACUACAGCUCCCCUUUGCUCAUUCAUGAACAGUUUGGAUGCAUUAAAGAAGUCAUGCCCAUUGCGUGUGGCAAUAAGGUGGACCCCGUGUAUGAGGCCCUCCGAUUUGGCACUUCCCUGGCCCAGAGAACGAAGAAGGGCAGCUCAGGCAGUGGUUCUGACUCACCCCCCAGAACCUCGGCAUCAGAGCUUGUGGAGGUUCCUGAAGAGGCUGAUGGACCAGGAGACGGGUCUGAUCUCAGGACACGCAGCAACAGUGUGUUUACAUAUCCAGAGAAUGGCACCAAUGACUUCAGAGACCAAGUAAAGACCACGAACCACCAGGCACCUCUUUCCAAAGACCCAUUACAGAUGAACACCUACGUUGCCUUGUACAGAUUUGUACCCCAAGAGAAUGAAGACUUGGAAAUGAGGCCAGGAGACAUGAUUACUCUUCUAGAAGACUCCAACGAAGACUGGUGGAAAGGAAAGAUUCGGGACAGGGUUGGUUUCUUUCCAGCCAACUUUGUUCAGAGAGUAGAACAGCAUGAGAAGAUUUAUAGGUGUGUUAGAACCUUCAUUGGCUGCAAGGACCAGGGACAGAUAACACUGAAAGAGAACCAGAUCUGUGUGACCUCCGAGGAAGAACAGGACGGCUUCGUCAGAGUCCUCAGUGGGAAGAAGAGAGGCCUUGUCCCACUGGAUGUGCUGGUCACCGUGUGACUGUGGCGGUCCCUCCGAAUGCAGGGGGCCAGCUCUACUGAUCUCACUGUGCCCACCCAGACGAGCAGCUGCACUGGCGAGUGCCCAGGAAACAGGGAGACCAGAAGAUCUGAGACCGUGCUAGCGAUCUGGAAGCAGGCCCUUGGCAAGCACACCCAGGCUGCCGGAGAGCAGCAUCCCAGCGCUGAGGGCAGCCAGGGGUGGGGGCAGUAUGUGGGCUGUAGCCAAGGCUGCCCCAGGACUCAGCUCCCUCCCUGUGCCCACCUGUGUGAGGCUGGAGUAUGCUCCAGGUCACGGUGUGGUCCUGGUGAGACGUUUGGAUGUGAGCAGCCAAGUGUUACUCUGGUUCCAGAUUGUUGUCCCCAGUGCCGGCCAGUCAACAUCAUGACUCCUGCAGAGAAUCAAGAAGGCCAACCUCCCAGUUCCCAACACCCGAGGCCUCACUCCAGCUCCGGCUCAGUUGUGAUUCUGCUGGCAGGAUUGUUCUUUCUUUCUCUUCAGUCCUUGGAGCAUGUCCUAGGCAGGGCUGAACUGACACGGUACCAAGUGCAAAGAUCUGACUAACCUACAGAUUGCUUAUCAGGGAGUCCUUGCUACUUCGGUGACUCACAGAGGUGACAGAGCAAAGUCAGAGGCACAGAAUCAAGCAGCAGCAAGAAGUGGGAGUGAGGACAGGGGACGAGUCUUUGUGUAUUGGGAUUGUACAGUCCUUUCAGAUGGGGCGAUUGUUUCCAAAGCGAGUGGGGCUGAGAACGGGAAGUAGCCGAGAGUCUCCAUUUCCAUUUCAUACCCUCUGUAUCUAGGAGCAUCAUUUCUUCCCUUGUGCAGCCCGUAGGACUUGGUUGUGAAGGAUGAGUCCACCAUGCAGGGAAGCAAGGACCAGGAAGCGUCACUGAGAAAAACAUCUUAGAAUAAAUGUAGCCAGGUUAGAAUCCAUUCUUCUCUAGGCCGGUAUUUCCAGCCUGGCAGGUGAGAAGUGGAAACUCGCUUGUGAUGCUUCCUCUCUGUGCAAACAGAAGGAGCUGGAGCUUAGCUCCCAUCGCCUAGGUAAACUGCUCUCUACCUGUACCGAUGUUUACAAGAACAGACCACACUGCGAUGCCUUCCUCCCAAGCCCGGUCCCAGCAUUCAGACCUGCUUCCUAGCAGUCACUGACAUACUUCAAUGUGAUUCACAGUGACUUUGAAAUCAAUGUUGCUUUGAUUUAUUUUGCCACUGAGCAAUAAAAUCAUUAGAGCCA